CUCUUUCUCUCUCUGCUUUUGCAGCUAUGGCGUCUACAGUAACUCGCAGAUUUACAACCAAACUUCUUAGAAAUCCUUCAUUCCUCAGAGAUUCCCAAAUAAACCCAAAACUCUCAACCCCCUUCAAUUCGUAUGUCAAAUCAACUCCUUUUAUCCAAAAUCAGCCACCAUUUCUUGGUAUGGUUCAAAAGGAAAUCAGUUAUUCUCAGUAUAUGGAGAAUCUCAAAUUUCAAGCUCAUGGAUUAGCGUUUCCGAAUCACCAAAACCCUCUUAAGAUGAACCCCAGAUACUUUUCAUCUAGUAAUGAGGAUGGUGGAAACCCUAAAAGCCCUAGUGAGUAUCCGAGUGAAAACCCUGAAUUUAAGCACCAGGAGAUCACAGGACCAACUGUUGAGCGUGACCUUACGCCACUUGCAAAUGAGACCCGUGAAGUGCUUGAGAAAAUGCUUAAGACAAUGUAUAGUUUGAGCAAAGCAUUUGCUGUACUUGGGCUUAUUCAUCUUGGUUUAGGAGCUUGGCUUACUUACAAGACUCAGUCUUCCCCAAUUCCUGAGAUCUCAAUACAAAGUUUCUUGGCUUUUGGGUUGCCAUUUUCCUUGGCAUUCAUGUUGAGGAGAGCGCUGAAGCCGAUUUACUUCUUUAAGAAAAUGGAAGAACAAGCUAGGUUGCAGAUUUUGACUCUUACUCUACAGGCUGCUAAGCAAUUGAACUUGUUGUUUGUUCGCGCUCGAGGUGUUACUUACUCAUGUGUUGCUGUUACAUCCCUUGGAUUGAUCCUUGUUGUAUUCUCUAGAUUGAGUAAUUAAUU